AUGAAUCGCCGUAAAGGAAAAGCCGAAAAAGAAACGUUUUAUCGUUCAUUAUUUCGGUCGUAUACAUAUCCUGGACAUUUUGCUCUUUAUUUCAUCAAUGAAUGUACUUUUAAUGACCUAGCAAAUGUCGAGGUUCAUCGACAAUGUCCUACACCAACACCAUUCGAUCCUAUUCGUUUAUCUCCGCAAAUGUUAAUUGAACAAGUACCAGAAACUGUUGUUUCAUCUCAAUUGACGGAUCAUUGUCAUCUUGAUGGGGCGAUUACUCGAAAGAAACGUCAACGAAAAUCUCGACGAUCUACUAAAGCAAGAAAAAGGCGAAAUCAAAAGACGAGUUUCCGACAUCGGCGCAAUCGAUAUCAAUUCGUGAUUCAACGGGAGUCAAAUCUUGACGUCACCACGGUUAAAAAUAUUCUUCGUCAUCUCCAAAUCAAGCCUACAAAUGUUAAUCCGGUGCAUUCGAUUAUGUUCAUUGGAAUCAAAUCACAUCGCGAGCAGCAAUACUAUGAACAGUUAUUACCAUCUGAUAUCUUCCUCUAA